AUGUUAUUCAUAGGUCAAAUGCAUUGCUUGCAACCAUACACUUCGAUCACAGCGCUACUUGCAGAACAAAAUCAAUCACGAGAGGCCUUGGGAAGUAGUCUUAAUGGCAAUUAUAAUAAAAAGCCACAACGUAUGCCUCACGUCUGGCGCAUCGGUCAACAGCCGGUACGCAUCAACGAUAACGAGGACAGUGUAUUCUAUCCACACUCAUGGAAACAGCAUCUUCGCCUGCAGCUUCUUUCUUCUUUGGACAAUUAG